CGAGAACUUGGUUAAUUGGUACCUGAAACGUCUCUCGCGAGAGAUAAGUUUUCCCAAGUUGAUGUCAUUCAGCAACGUGUUCUAGUGGAAUUUCAUACAAGAUGGAUGGACAUUCAGUCAGGAUUAAAAUGAUGAGUUGGUUUUCUGUGUUUUGUCCUGUUGUCCUGCUUCUGAUCACGUUCAAUCUCGUCCGCGCCAAACAGGACAAUAUUCAACGAGAUCUUCAAGCUCUUUCAUCCUCUCUGCCUGGGUGCUACAGUAAUUUGAACCAAUACCACAGACAUGCGCAGAGGGGACUUCCGUCACACAAACGAAGUUUCCUUAUCAAAUCCGAGUUGUACCGAAUCUCAUCCCCGAUGUUUAACGAUUCUCUCACCGUCUAUUUUCAAGACUUCACCAAAUCUUCCACUUCGCCGUUCCGGCUAGGCUUCUACAGCUUUGCUUUCGACUCGAAAAUGAAACUCUUUCGCAUGCGAACGUACAAACUGAGCGAGGAUCUAAUCCAACUGAGCGUCAGCCAAAAGCCAAGCGACUUUGUGUUAAACCCUAACGUGAUAACAGAAUCCCUGCACAGGCACGGGUUAGGGUUAACCGACCUGCAGGCUUACAGUGCCUGCGAUAUGUUCUGGAAAAGGAUAGCUAAAGACACGUUCGUUGGCAUAACCGGACCUCAGUGCCUUGGGUCUUUAGGCAAAGAUCAAGUUAGGAUCGGCGUGUCCAUGACCUUGAGUGAAGGCAAACUGCUGCUGACCGAGGGCUGGUACAAUGUCAAGGAUGGCAGCAGCAUCUCGGAGUACAAGGUGCCCUACGUCUUGAACAAGCUGAGAUCCCCUGAGCUGCUCCAGAAGGACGCUUCACCGCCCGCCGACAACCUUCCGCCUGCCUCGCAACCACAGCGGGAGAAAAAAGUAGUCCUGACCCCUAAAUCUCUGGUAACCCGCCGCGACAGAAACCCCACCCGGACUCGCGGUGAACCCUACAACCCCCCGGCCGAACCCCGCGUUCUGCGGACGUUUCGGCAGGUGGCCUCGGCAUUAAUGACCGGAUAUGACGUCAGAUACCGGGUGGAGCUGGGCGCGUGUGCCCUACCCAACCAUGUCUCGAUCGAUCGGCUCUCGUUCGGGGGUCAGGUCAAGGAAUUUGUCUUCGUGAGACGGGAUGGGGCGGCCAACAGCAGGUCGGACUACGUCCAUUUCACCAGUGCCACGAUGGCUAUGGGAUCUCAAGGACUGGAGACCAUCAAUCGUGACGUCACAAUAUUUCGCGGAGGACGAGUGAAUGUUAAGGUGACGAAGAGCUCGUCAGAUCACACCGAUCUGAGGAGGGAGUACGUGUUUGAGUGCCGGCUCUUUGACGACAGACGAGGGUACGGUGCCGUGAAGAUAACGACCCACCCGGGGGUCAAGCCCCAGAGACUGACCAGUGCCAAGUCCAUGUUGUCAUCUCUUGGCCAGGGUCGUGACCUGCGGGUCGUCACUGACCUCACUCGGUGUCAAGGUCAGCAGAGGAAGAUCGCCAUCAUUUUCGGCAGCCACAUUACAGAAUAUGAUUUCAACAACCAUGAUAGAACAAUUGAGGUCCACAUUCCCCUGCCCAGGCCCUCUGAGUACCAGAGGCUGGCGGGCGACGGGUUCAUGGGGCAGUUCAUGGCCAACGGGGACGUGGCCUUAAUCAAAAUGGGUGACCUUCGACCCGUGCCCAUUGACCAAUGGCAAGUCGGCCCUGCCUUCCACUGCAGAAUGACGUCACGAAGCGAGCUGGAGACGAAUGACGAGAACGAGGCAAGCGUGGGUGUGUUUUACCGGAAAUAAAACGAAAAGGAGUCUGUAGGAGCGAUAGUGAGCGUCUA